AUGUCUCCCCCAAUCCAAGGAUACGAGGUGGGUCAUUCCCCCAUUACAUCUAGCACGCCGGCGCUCAGCUCGGGGCUCGCCAAGCAGAAGGCUCAAAAUUCACGGAUCAUACGUGAAAAGCUGAGCGCUGAGCGCUGGUACGGUCCAGAGAUUCAGGAUAGACACAAGGAUGGUCGCGAUAGCCCACGAGGUCUUGGGUCAUCCUACGAGAAUUUCCCUCCCUUGGACCCAGACGAUCUUGUCCGAAGCUACAAGACCAACUGGGAUGAUAAGGACCUAUCGAGCCGGAGAGCAACUAACGUAACAGACGGGCAGGACGACCCUCCACUUGCGGCACACGCUCCCACAUCCUAUGUUCUAUCGAGUUCUGUCACUCCGCUCAGGCGACGCCAGCUCAAUCUGGCCCUUUAUCAUCCUACCACCACCGUCGACGACGCCCUGUGCUCUGCAGUAGCUGGCGACAAGCCCAGUAGCGGGGCGGCACCGCAAGGAGCUCAUCGACAGGCAUCGUGCCCUGCAUGGGAAGUCCGUCUCGAGAUAGUGUGUCGAGCGCCCUCACCAGCCUCGGCGCCUCCGCGUGAAGUGCGCCUCAGAGGCGCGGGGCACAAUGAGCUUUGCGACGGCUUGAUGACGCUCGACGCGCUGCCGCACCUGCCAUCGACACGCAGGCGAGGCAUGUUGAAAGAGCAGCAGUGGUACGCUCCUAGCUGUAUUCCCUUCCUGGACUGCGACGUGUACUGGGGACACGCGGCCUCUCGUCUUUCAGAAGCAGGAGCAGCAAAUAUGUCUGAUACGAGGCAGGAGUUGGCGACUCGGACGUGGAAGCUGGCAUUUUGGACGGAGACAACGUGUGCAAUUCAGGGCUGGGACGACUACGACUCACCUGAAAACUUUGAAGAAUACCUCUUUUGGACGAACGGCUCGUGGGAUUUCCCUCAAACUUUUUUGCCGGGCUCCCCUGGUCAAGUGCUCACGAUUCUGGUACUUUUCGGAUAUCCGAAACUAUAUAGAUCACUGGCGAUCCAGGAUCGAUGCAAGAACCCCCGUGAUCAGCCGCCUGAUACCUCCUGA